UAGCUUUGGAGCUCUCCUGAAUACAAUUAUAUUUGCAGGAAAUGGCGGAUAAAAGCAAUUUAAGUGUUGACAUCCAAGUAUCUGAAAGAAUGGCACACAAAGCAGGGAACUGUAUUUAAUUCCACUUAUGUACAGUAAAAGAUGAAAACUUGAAAUUAGCUAAGUUAGAAAUAAUCUAUGGCAAAAGGAUAGCCAAAAAAUCUCAAUAAUUUAACUGACUCAUUAUUUUAGAAGAAAUGCAACCUGUAAUUACUGUAAAAUAGUAACUGAUUUUACAUUUUGAAUAGGAUUUGAAGUUUCUGUGCUCUUGAGAUACCUAUUCCAGAGGUGUACUUUGCUGUAUAAACAUUCUUAUUCUUGGUAUAGUUCCAUGCUAACCAGGUAAUUCUGUUUCAGAACACUUUUAAUGGUAAAGGUGAAUACCACUGAAGGAAAUACAUAUUGCAUAUAUUUUGCAAACAUAGUUACUCUUACCCUGCACACCUUUUCAGCUGCCUUUUCAUCUUAGAAUUUUUUUGUUGAUUAUUAUAUCUAAGAUAAACAGAUGUUAACACAGAUGUUGAGUUCAUUCUUUUAAUUGUUUACUUAGGAAAAACAUACAAAAAACAAAAGUGGUUUUGUUUGCUUUCAGCUGCUUUGAACAUAAAACACUUGAAAAAACAGCAGAUUAAGACACCUGCAGGUUGUCUUCAUUUUUUAAAUAAUACUCCUCAGUAAAUCCUAUGAAGUUGCCUGGUCCUGUUAAAGCACUACUGACUGUUUGGAGUAGCUUCCUGUGAUCCCUUUCAGUGUAGAACCUUCAAGAUUAUAAAUUAAGAUUUUACAAAAUAAGGAGAGUGAAACCCUUAUACUACUCCAAGUAAUGGUGUAAGUCCCAUUGGCUUCAAUAAGAAGCAUAAAUUUAACACUUUUAUGUGAAGAAACCUCAAAUUCCAAAGACAGAAGUAAAGAAUACAAAGGUGGAUUAUGUGAUAGAUAGAGUCAGAAAUAGAAAAAGGAGCUUUAGGGGCUCACAUAAAAAAAUCUAAUCCACCUCCAUCACACCAGUGGAUCAACUGCAUAUAGAUAUUCCUAGCAGAUUAUGUCUUGCCAUUUCUAAUGAUCCAGCAGUGGUGACCCCAUAAUUUUCCUCAGCAACCUCCUGUGAUGCUUAAAUACCCAUGUAAUUAGUAAGGUGUUUUGUUAGCAUUUCACAAAAAACUUCCUUUAUGCAACAUAAUACCAGUAUUUCUUAAAAAAUUCAAAUAUUACAAAGCUGGAGGUGUAUUGAGAAAGAAAACUGAAUUUAGUGCAAAACACUGUAAGUGUGUCUGGAUUGUGCUUGGGUGGUGUCCCAAGCCUGUCAUCCAAACCAGAUUUACUGUCCACAGGGACCAGGUGUGAGGCCACAGAGGCUUUAUACGCUGUUAUUACACGGGAAAGAUGUGUCCUGUGUCCUACAGAGCCCUCACACACACUGGAAGCAGAUCCCAGACAUUUCCUUAGGCUGAGACCAUUUUUUUUAAAGCAUAAUUCAGCCUGAGUCACCCGAAAUCACAAGUAUUAAAACUUAGGAGGAACGAAUUUGAGGCAGCAAAAUAUUCUGUGAGCUUUGAGACUCAGGAGGGCUGAAAGCAAUGGAGUAUGAGAAGACAAGAAAUAAAACAAGUUACAAAAGACCUUGAGAGUGAUGUCCAAGGCAAAACAUCAUGGACUGAUGGCUGAAUAUUGUCAUCAGUAGGAGGUGGAUCCAAUCUUGGAAGUGCUUCAAGAUGUUGAUAAAUUUUUAGUUGGUUUUAUGCAUGGGGGAAAUUUUGGGAUGCAAAGAAAUGAGAGAAAUAAAUUGUCUCCAGCUAAAAUCAGACUGAAUGAUUCUAACACCCUUCUGCACAAGACACAUAAUUGUAACACCUGUGGAACAAUCCCACUUGCUUUUUUCAAGCACAAAUUCAGCCAGUUUUUUAAGAGUUUGGUAAUUAAAUAGGUGAUUUCAACUCCAGUCCAUUAUGGAAUUAAAGUCAAAAGAAAAGGCUAUACAUGUUUUGUUGACUGUAAAGCCAUGGAAUGAGCUCACUAAUUUCUUUGUGCUGAUAUUAACAGCAGGCCAGUGGUGGAAGAUAUUCCAUAUGAAGUGAGAAGGGCUCAGGAAAUCAAUCAUAUAUUUGGUCCAAAAGGUAGUGAUGAUGCCUAUGACCUUAUUUUUGACCUUCACAACACCACUUCUAACAUGGGUGGUACCCUUAUUCUUGAAAACUCCAGGGAUGACUUUACAAUUCAAAUGGUUCAUUAUAUCAAGAAGGCUCUGGCUCCAGAACUCUGCCCUGCUCUGCUCAUCGAACAUCCCAGCCUGAAAUAUGCAACAACUCGAUCUGUAGCAAAACAUCCUGUCGGAGUCGAGGUGGGGCCCCAGCCACAAGGUGUUGCUAGAGCUGAUAUUUUGGACAAAAUGAGGAAGAUUGUCAAACAUGGCCUUGAUUUUGUGCAGCUUUUUAAUGAAGGAAAAGAAUUUCCACCGUGUACAAUCGAGGUUUUUAAAAUAAUGGAGAAAGUAGAUUAUCCCAGGAAUAAGAACGAUGAAAUUAUUGCUAUUAUUCACCCUAAACUGCAGGAUCAAGACUGGCAGCCACUGAGCAACGGUGAUCCUCUGUUUUUGACUCUUGAUGGAAAAGUAAUUCCAUAUCAAGGGAACUGCACAGUCUAUCCAACAUUUAUUAAUGAAGCUGCAUAUUAUGAAAAGAAACAAGCUUUUGUAAAAACAGAGAAAAUUAAACUCAAUGCAAAACACCUCAGGUCCUCAGUCUCAAACCAGAGCACUUCUUAAGAGUUUAUUAUGGAUUUUCCAUAAAAAAGUGUGUUUCUUCGUGAAAUCCAGGGUCAGUCAGCAGUAGUUCAUGGAAUAAAUAGGUAAAUGCACAAUCUAAUUUUAAAUUGUAAUUUAAUUAACCUUGCUGAGCACUUUUAAGAUGAGACAUACUGUCAGAAUGCUGAUUAUGACUCCUGUUUACUUGUUCUAAAGGAUUCCUAGAGAUGUAAAGAAUAUUUUAUGAAGUUUUUAUGAAGAUGCUUAUCCACAAAACUACAUUAUAUAUAAAAAACCUACAGUUUUUCUAUUUUAUAACCCCAAACCUCCAAUAACCAACACUUUUGAAAUGGGGUAAGAUCCUUGAAACUAAUUCCUCAGAUAAACUUACAAAAUGUGAGACAAAGGAAAAGCUGAGGAGAGAGAAACAAAGGUAUAUAAUAAAUGAUAUUAUCUGCAUAUAUGACUAGUUCCCACUGUGCUGAAGUGAAGGCCUUGGGGUUUGUUUUGUUUUUCUUUUUAUACUUACAAAGAUAAAAAUAAGCUAAAAAUACAGGAUUCCUGAGAAAAAUACACUAAAAUGAAAUGUAAAGCUUUUCCAAGUAUUACAAGAUUUAUUCAAGCUCUUUCUGAUUGAACAUUGAUUCAAAGACAGAAAGGGUUGACUUUAGGAAGUACUGAGUAGCUGGAGACAUACUGGAGCAAUAUUGAAAUUCAGAAAGAAAAGAUGUGCUUAACCAGUGAACCUUUAGAAGAAAAUUUCUAUUGCAAUGGAAAAAAACAGAAGUUUACAGUCAUUUCACUUCCUAGAUGUAUCCACAUUUUCCAAACAAAACUUCCAUCAACUGUUGUACCCCAAAAGUUUUCAGAGAAAAAGGCAAAAUUUAAGCAAUUACUUGGGUUUUGAUGAAGAGCAAUGCACAAACCAUACCUGAGUAUUUCAGCAUGGAAAUUCGGGAGGAUUCCAUAUGGGGAGACUUCUCAGAAUUUCAAGACUUGUUCUGUAUCUGCAGAGAGAAAGUCUGUCAUAGGAACUGAGAAAGAGAAGAAAAUGGGGGUUUAAUUUAUUUUCUUAAGUUGUUUUUAACAUAUUUGACAAUUUUUUAACAUAUUUGACAAUUAAGAACUUUCAUAAGGAUACUCUAAUUAACUAUUAACCGAAAGACUAAUUGUCCAGAUAACUCCCACAUUAUACCUUUUGAAAAGUGAUGUCUUCCUUAUUUACUACUAAAUUUAAAGUAUUUUUUCCUUGUCUUUGUGUAACUCCUAUGGCAAUCAAAUAAAAACAGAGGACAGAA